AUGAAUCCAGAACCAGCUCCCCAAUACUAUCCUAACAAUAUCCAGCCAGUUGAGGUCACACGGGAGAAUCUUCUGCAAGCACUCAAGGAAUUACGUGUUGCUACUCGACGCGGCGCGGAACUGGUGGAACAGUUUAAUCUUCCAGACCCAGAGGGGGAGCUGGGGCUUUUUAUGGGAGUUCCGGGUUCUUACGGUGUAGGGGCAGCUCUCGCUUUUCAACGACUCCAUCAUCAAGUGUUAUCCUUGAGAGAGAAGCAUGAUGCUAACCCUCCGAAUUACCAGAAACUGGCCAACGAGCGAAUCACAAAACUUGGGCGCAAUCUUCCACUCUUGCCGGGAAGACUGUCUCCCUUGGGCUCCAGCGGUCCGUUGGCCAUGAUUAUGCUACGAAUCCAACAGGCAGCUGUACUCGGCACUUCAGUCUCUGAUGCGGACGUACAUUGUUUGCGUGAGGCGGUUACGAUCGCUCUGAGCUACGAACACAUUGUUUCAGAGAGCAAUCACAACGUGGGAGGAGACGGCAUACUGUAUGGACGGGCUGGCUUGUUAUGGUCAAUUCUCAACGUUCGGGUUCUCCCCCUUGAUGAGGCGAGCACCAACGCCCUCCGCCCAAUCUUUGAGGCUGUUCCCCAGCUUAUCAGAGCCAUCAUCGACGCUGGACGUCAGGGUGUACAGGACUACACAAGAAAGUAUGGAUCUGUCGAUGCCCUUCCAUUGAUGUGGACAUGGAUGGAGAGUCACUACGGAUUGGGAGCUGUUCAUGGGAUGUCUGGGAUUCUUGCAGUACUGCUGGCUUGCAACCCCGAGGAGCUCAGUGCCGACGACAACUACUUAUCUUGGAUAGCAGGCACCAUCGUCGGCCUUUGCAGGCUGUGCAUUGCCAAUCAGGGCUAUCUGCCGACCAGUCUUCCAUCCUACGGUUCAAACUCUCAACGCGAUACCUCUUUGGUUCAAAUUUGUCAUGGCAGCCCCGCGAUAUUACUCCUCUUAGCUUGUGCUAGAAGAAACUCUUUUUUCGUAUCGAAGUUCUGGCAACCGGAAUGGGACCAGGCUGUGUUUCUAGCAGCUGAGAAGGUCUGGCAAGAACGCUUGGUUUCUAAAGGUGAUGGCAUUUGCCAUGGCAUUGCAGGCAAUGCAUGGCCGUUACUGAUCCUGCAUGACAGCUGCGAAUAUGACGUUGAUCUGCUGCAGGCUGCAAGGGGAAAUCCCCCAGCACGAGAGCCAGAGCCAAAGCUCACAGGGGAUUACUUUCUAUCGAGAGCUCUCGCGCUCCUGCUCCAUGCGCGGGAAGCACCCCCUUACAAUCCUUCGCGGGAAUUAUCGCCUUGUUGUUACCGUGCGUCAGAUCGUCCUUAUUCCCUGAGCGAGGGGCUAGCUGGAACUGUAUGUGCCUGGGCCGAGGCUUGUGUCACCAUCCAGGCUAGACUCCGAAAGAUGGACCUUGAGGAAGAAAAUGCUUCUUCGACCGUGGUUUUGAAGAAUGACGAGCUUUUUCAAGCCCUGGACAGCCGAAACUUGGGGCUUCCAACCUUAGCAUAUUACCGACCUCCAGGCAUACUAUAG